AACACAACAUCAUUAACCUAAAAAGGUGAUGUGUGAAAAUGUUAGCAAAUAGUAAGCUUAUUACAGAUGAGCAAAAUCAUUCAGACUUGUACCCAUACAACCAGGUUACCUUAAUGUACAUUAGCUGUAAGCUAGUGAGGAAUGGCACGCAUGGCAAUGGCAAAAUGACAAUGGCAGUGAAAAUGACAACACAUAAAUACCAGACAAUGUUGGUAACAUCCGAGGAUUACCAUUUCAGUCAGGCUGUUAAAUUGAUGAGGUCGUAUCCAGCCCUGGCAUUCAUACUGCUCUUUUCAGCAAAUCUGUGCUUCACUUGCGAUGGUGGAAAAAUUUUGGUUUACCCCUUAGAUGGGAGUCACUGGAUUAACAUGAAAAUCUUGGUGGAGGCUCUUCAUUCUGAGGGCCAUCAAAUAACGGUGCUACGUACCUCCACCAGUUGGUAUGUGUCUGAAUUCUCACCACAUUAUACCUCCAUCACCCUCACCCAGGAACAGUCCCAAAACAUUGAGAGCCAAGACGUCAUGACCAAUUUCUUGAAGAGGUCAAUAGAGAUCCGUCGGAAAAAAGGCUCACUAUGGGCGUUUCUAGAGUCUUACAGGAAUCUUUUCAUCAUGCUGGGGGAGAACCAGAAAGACGUGGCAAAACUGGUCAUCAACAUUUUCGAGAAUAAGACACUAAUUAAAGAGCUAAAGGAAGCCGAAUUUGAUCUUUGUCUGAUGGACCCUGCAUUUCCAGGAGGCGUGCUGUUGGCACACUAUCUCCAGCUUCCCAUGGUUUUCAAUGUUCGCUGGCUUUUCAAUGGAGAUGCACACUUUGCCUUUGCUCCUUCUCCUCUGUCCUACAUCCCCCAGCUGUUCUCCCAGUAUUCUGACAAGAUGGACUUUUUCCAGAGAGUCAGUAAUAUAAUUCGUCACAGCAUGUUGGUUUACAUGUACCACUAUGUCUCAAAUCCACCUUACCAGGCUGUGUGCGAUCAGUAUUUUGGACCCGAUGUCAGCGUCAUGUCUCUCAUGCAGGGAAGUGAUCUCUGGCUAAUGCGGACCGACUUUACCUUUGAGUUCCCUCGUCCCACCAUGCCCAAUGUUGUCUGUAUCGGAGGGUUCCAGGGGAAGCCCUCAAAACCUCUUCCAUCAGAUUUAGAAGAAUUUAUGCAGAGUUCUGGUGAACAUGGGGUGGUCAUCAUGACACUGGGGACUCUGCUGGGUGACCUCGGCCCUGAGAUAUCGGAGAUCAUCGCCUCAGCAUUUGCCAACAUCCCUCAGAAGGUCUUGUGGAGACACAUUGGGAAAAGACCAACCACUCUGGGGAACAACACCAUGCUGGUUAAAUGGCUGCCUCAAAACGAUAUACUUGGUCAUCCUAAAACUAAAGUUUUUGUUGCACACGGUGGUACAAAUGGACUUUACGAGGCCAUGUACCAUGGUGUCCCAGUCCUGGGCAUUCCUCUCAUCUUUGACCAGGAUGACAACAUGAUGCGUUUGAAGGCCCGUGGGGUCGCUGAGACUGUUGAAGUGGCAACCCUGGAUGUUGAGUCUAUGACAAGCGCUCUGAAGAAUAUUCUCGACCCAGAGAAGCCAUACAAACAGAAUAUGCACAAACUGUCACAACUUCAUCAUGACAAACCGAUGAAGCCCUUGGACAGUGCAGUUUUCUGGAUAGAGCACGUCAUGAGGCACAAGGGAGCAGCACAUUUGCGCACUGAGUCAUACAAAUUGCCAUGGUAUGCCUAUCACUGUCUAGAUGUUAUGGCGGUCUUUCUAGCCUUUGGUCUACUGAUCAUGGCAUUACUUUGGGUUUCCUUCAGAGGUCUAAUAAGAGGUUUGAUGAGAAUCAUGAAGCCCACAUCCAAAUCCAAAAAUGAAUAGAUAACCUGAUGAUUAAACAAGCUGGAUACUGACAAUAAAAUUAAAAAACAGACCAGCAACUUACAAUGGUACAGAAACAAUGACAUUAUGACAGGGAUCAAUGUAUAGGACUUAGAUGAAUAUAUUAGGGGCAAUCUGAUGGAAAUACUUAUUCCAUUGAAGCUUUCACAUUUUCAAAUUAUUUACUAUUCUCUCUUUUGAACUAUCUUUUUGCAAAUACAAAUACAUUUACAAGGGGCUUAUUUUGUGAUCUUUACAACUUUGCCAUAUGACAAUUAAAGUGCAUCAUGAAAAAGUUUAA